AUGGCUACCACUUUGAACGACGAUACGGCUACUUCGACUUCUACCAUGGAUUCGGCACCGACAAUCUGCGACGCCUUACAAUAUGGCCCAUUAAGACCUCCAGUGCAGUCACAAAAGAACGAGUUUACUGCGCAAGACUUGUCUCAGCUUCCACUAUUCAUGAGUUCUCUCGAUGAUGUACCUGAGGGGACCAAUGAUGCUAUAGAAGCAUUGAAAGCUCUGGCUUAUGAGGGGGAACCUCACGAGAUAGCGGAGAAUUUUCGGCAGCAAGGUAACGAAUCAUACCGGUCUAAGUACUGGAGGGACGCGAUUGAAUUCUAUACAAAAGCAUUGGCUAUAGGCUGUAAUGUUGAUGAGAUCAACGGUGCCUGUUAUUCGAAUCGAGCUGCUUGUAACCUCGAGCUGCGAAACUAUCGAAAGACCAAUUUAGAUUGUGCUGAGGCUCUAAGAUUAAAUCCUCGGAAUAUUAAGGCGCUAUAUCGAUCAGCACGGGCGUGUCUUGCCUUAGACAAGAUUUCAGAAGCAGAGGAUUGUGUGCAACGUGGCCUUGCCAUCGAUAAGAGUAACAGCUCCUUUAAAGCAAUUGACGAGAAGAUAUCCAGCCGGAAGAGUGUCCUUGCAAGAUUGCAACAGACUAGCCAAGAACGAGAGCGAUUGUCAAAAAUGAAAGAAGCUGCGCUGAAAAGAGCACUGGAAGCACGCCAUGUGAUACAAAGAAUAACCUCUGCGCGGCAUCUUGAUCUAUCCGAAGAUGCCACAGUGCAGCUUCAGGAUCCACUGGAUCCCCAGUCUGAUUUGUGUUUCCCCGUGGUAGUUCUUUACCCGCUACAUCUUCAAUCCGAUUUCAUCAAGUCACUGUCAGAGAAUGAGACUAUUGGCUCCCAGCUUGAAGGCAUUCUUUCACCAUCGAAUUUACCGGAGUGGGACAAGGAAAGUGAAUACGCAUAUCCGGGUGUGGAUGUGCUUGUCGAGAAGAAGAAAUACGACAUGCACGGGAGACCUAGUCUAAGCAAAAUUGGACCGAAGACUUCAUUAAGGAAAGUGCUCACUGAGGGAAAGUUGGAGUUAAUAGAUGGCAUCCUGACUGUUUUAGUCGUGCCAAAGCCCCGAUUAGCGGAAUUUGUCAAAAGCUGGAAAGAAGAUAAUCCGAAUUGA